AGCACAGACGGACCGGACCGAGCGCGAGCGCGCGGAGAGAAAGUGCACACGUGGACACCGCAGACCGACGGCUCGCCCAGCCAAUGAGAGCCCGGGUUCAUGACGUCAGUGCUCCCCCACUUCUCCAAUGGCAUGUUUUUCUCUGAGCAGCGCAGGCCUACAGUGUUUAAAGUGGAAGGAAAAAAAUGAGGCUGGGAAGCAGAAAAAAGUUGAGAGACGGAUCUGGCUGCGGGGAAUCUGGCUCAGCCACCAGACUGCUGAUGUUUACUUUGUGUCGAGCUGCAAAAACAGGCUAGACAUCCUUUUUGGUUUCUAGGGGAACAGCAAUCUAUGCGAUGGGAAAAAGGAGGGGUACCGAAUUUUCUUUCUGAAUAUACUUGAUGCGAUAUUUUGAUCUUCAGUUCAGAGACGAGCAAACUUAGACAGGUGCUGCGCGCCAUGGGCAGCUUCCAGGGCCACACUCUUCCCGGGAGCCUCUUCCUGCUAGCAGGGAUUUGGUGGACGGGAAAGUACUCGCUCUGGCACGCCACCCGCAGGAACAAAAGCUUGGGCUCCACUCGGUUCGCCAGCAGAACCUCACAGCGACGCGUGGAAAUCCUUGAAAGCUCUCUUGUUCUCUUCUUGUCCUUUGUUGGCAUGGUCUGCGAGCAGUUCGCGGCAAACGGCCCGAAGCUUCAUUUGUAUGACUUUGCGGAGAAACACUGGGAGCAGCUGCACAUCUGGCAGCAUACAACCAUGUACCUGUUCUUCAGCCUGGCUGCCAUCGUGUCUCUGAUCAUCCACACGACAGAGGCAGCACCGGUGGCCCUGGACAGGUUGAUGCUGGCAAUAGCGUUCUUUAAUGAAGGGUUCCUCUUCCUCUACCACCUCCACGGACGGGCUAUGCUGGACGUCCAUGUGCAUCAGCUCCUCCUCUACGCCGUCUUUGGCGGGGGUCUCGUUUCUUUCCUCGAGGUCUUCCACCGAGGGAACAUAAUCCUGGAGCUGCUGCGCUGCACCCUCACAAUCCUGCAGGGGACCUGGUUCUGGGAGAUUGGGUUUGUGCUGUACCCUCCCAGUGGCACCGAGUGGAACCUGACAGACCACAACACCAUGAUGUUUGUUACUAUGUGCUACUCCUGGCACCUCACCAUCGCCAUGCUGGUCGUCGGUGUACUGUACUGUACCGUCAGCUGCGUGGUUCGCUCCAGACUGAAAAGGACUCCUCCGAUGGAAAUGGGGCUUCUGAAGCCCAGGGAGCACGAUGCGGAGUCAGAGGACGAGGUUUUUUGAGGACUGCUGUGCAUCUAACGGCUUUUGAAUAUCCAAAACAAUUCAGGGAUGAAAUGCUUUGACCAUCGGCAGCAGUAUGACCAGGAGUGCACACAGGCACUACCUCUGCCUUAUUUAAUCAGCUUUAAACCUCUUGUAGCCUUAAUCGCUAUUUAUUUUAACAGUAACAUAACACUGUUGUGAUUUCUGUCAUAUCUUUAUUAUCUCUGCCCAACAGGCUAACACAUCAUCUGCUUUUUAUUUGGAUUGUUUUUAUCUGUGUCAGUGCCAAUGUGUUGUGAGAGAAAAAAAAAUCUUAAUUUCAGUGUAUACAGUACUACUUGAAAAGCCCGCCUUUGCAUACUCUGAAAACCGUUUUCCUCUUGUCAGAAAUUCAAAUCAUCUAAGUGAUUCAAACCCAAAUUCCAAGCAGGUUUUUAUUUUCAAAUGGUGUAAAUGUUUACUUAUUGCUGUUUGAUAUGAUUCUACUGCAUGCUGCCCAACGAAGAGUUUAAGGUAACCUCAUAAAUCCCUUUUUUUUUUUUUUUUACAACUUGAAGUCCUCGCUGGUUUGUUAGUGUAACCCUGGCUCUUUAAAGCUGUAAGUGUUUCAGAAGCUGUUGAUCUUUUCCAGGACACAACCAUCUGUUUAUGGUUUAAAGAGAACAAUCUAAAAAAGAGAAAAAUGCCCAGGGAGCGACAGACGUGUGGAUAAAAAUACCUUGUUGAUAUCAGAGGACAAUAGAUAGAGUGGUUUAAGACGAUGUGGCAACAAUAGCUCAAAUAACCCUCUGUUGUAGCCAAGGUAUGCAGAAUAGCACACUGGGAAGAUAGCAUUACUGUGUGACAUUAAGACUUUCGAGAAACCUGUGAGCAACGGUAAAGAAUGAAAAAGAAAAUAAAUCACUAUAAAUAAAAAACAAAU